AUGGCGUCGUCAUCCACGCCGGCCACGCCCCUCCUAUACUCCUGCAUCGCGCACAAGACGACGAUACUCUCAGAAUGCACCACGUCGGCCUCGUCGCAAGCCUCAUCGCUCGCCUCGCUCAUCCUGCCCAAGAUCGAGCAUGCCUCGCCGCAAAAGUUGACGUACACACACGGCCAGCACCAGAUCCACUACGUCGCCGAGUCCCCCUCGGAGCACCCGGGCCACCCAGCCGCCGGCGGCCUCACCUUCCUCGUCAUCGCCGACGCCUCGCUCGGCCGCCGCGUACCGUUUGGCUACCUCGUCGAGAUCCGCCGGCGUUUCUUCGAGCACUUCCCCGAGAGCGGCGACUUUGCCGACAUGCCCAACUACGGCGCCGGGUCCUUCAACGCCGAGCUCAAGAGCCUCAUGGUCGAGUACGGGUCCACGACGGGCGGCCGCGACGACGCCAUUGGCAACGCCAAGCGCGAGAUUGAUGACGUCCGCGGAAUCAUGACGCGCAACAUUGAGAGCCUGCUCGAGCGCGGCGAGCGCGUCGACCUGCUCGUCGACAAGACGGACCGCCUGGGCGGCAGCGCCCGCGAGUUCCGCGUCCGGAGCCGCGGCCUCAAGCGCCAGAUGUGGUGGAAGAACGUCAAGCUCAUGGCCCUGCUCGCCCUCGUCAUCAUUCUCAUUGUCGUGGUCAUUGUCCUUGCCGCCAAGGGUGGAUCUUGA